UCAAAAUGGCUGUUGAUAUGGUGUCCAAAACGUCUAUUGUGUUGAUGCUGUUUAUAGCGGCAGGAACCAGCAAUACUGUAACAGAUGAUGGUGAUACUGAUGCAAUCACAACGACACAGGUGGAUUCCGAAUAUACGUCCGUUGCAUUGCUACAUUCAACAGAAAACAACAUAACUACAGUGACAACAAAUUCUCAAAGGCCGGAUAUAUCAACUCAAAUAGAUUUGACGUCUAAAUAUGAACCUACCGCAAUGACGUCUGAAUAUGAAACUGAUGCAAUGACGUCUAAUUAUAAAACAAAUGCAACUGAUGCACCAUUUCUCUACGAAUACUCAGUCUUUGUUCUGCAAAUAGGCGUUGCUGUGAGUGUGUCAUGUUUGGUAAUUCUAAUUGCAGCUGUAACUUGCUGUGUGUACAAACCGAAGAGAGGAACAUAUUCAUUUCCUAUUUCAAAGUCUGAGGAAAAUGUUGUUAUGGCCAUGGAAGGACCUCAACAGCCAACACGAACUUCUAAUGGCAUGAAUGUUUUGGAUGGCAAAUAUUCCGACCACAUCGAUAAAGCAUCAACGUCAAAUGAAACAUCAGGACCACGUUUCUGUGCCACCAAAGUUGGUCAAAAUACGAAUUUCCAAAAACCAGAAAACGGUUGUGAAUAUCAGCAUCUUAAUUUCACGUUGCGAUCCGAAGCAUCACCUUAUUUUGCAGAGAAUAGCGAAUACGACCAUACCAGAGUUAAUAUGGUCAGUGUUUUCAAUCAACCCUGGGACACGGCAAGUUCUAAAGUAAACAAAUUAUUUUCCCAGAUUAGCAAAAGCGUUGUACAAAAAGGUCAAAACGUGCGCAACUCCUUAAUUCAAACGCGAGCAUCACGAUCUGAUAGUUCUCAAUUUAAAUGCAGAGCAAGUGAUAAUUGUGAUGUUAAGGAAACACAAUUGGACCAUCAACAGUUUGAAUUAGAUUCUAUUGUGGACAAUCAAAGAGAUAACAACAUAGACGUGGCUGAUUCUACUGUGAAAGACAACAAAAAGGAUUCAGAAUUCAAACAUGCUGCAAGUAAAUUUGCCGUGUUACCCUUUUCAGAGAGAAUAAACGUUAAAAGUACACACAUUUAUGACGAACCAAACGACAAAAGAUUGUCUUUAAGAGAAAGACUUAAAUUCAGUGGACCUAGAAAACAAUCUAUAAUAUAUUCGUUAGCAACAGCUAUUGAUGAAAUAAAUGAAAGUGAAGCUUAACUAUUAAAAGUUAUAGAUUAUGAAAAUACAAUGUAUGUAUAUCUGGUAGUCAGUGUAAAUAAAAUUCAAGCUCGUGCAUUUUUUUCUAGAUAAACUAAUUUUAAAAUAUAUUAUCAAGUUAAUUGAUCUGAACACUAAGCUUAUAUUUUAUUGAUAAAUUCCUUUUCAAUAAAAAAAAAAAUUGUUUGGUAACACAGUGUGCAUGUUUAAAUGAACACUUCCCUAAGGGGCAUUGGCCGUCAAAUGUACGUUCACAGAUGUGACACAAAUUCUCAUAUUUGAUUUAUAACCAAAAUACUAAAACGUAUAUUCAAAUUAUGUAAAGUCUAAGAUAAACAAUAAAUAUAUGUGUUAUCGUUUAGUGUGGAUUUUAGUCCAUACGCCAUAUAAUUAACUAUAGAGUUGAUCUCCGAGAACUGCUAACG